ACGACGCCGUUCCGCAUCGGCCUCCCGCGACGACCGGACGCGAACCCCACCAUUCCAAUCCAGUUAAAUCCAACCCCAAAACCCGAACUGUCCCGAGACAAGACUCCGACAAAAAGACGACUACUCCCCCAUCUCCGAAGCCCGACGGAAAAGUUACACUGUGAAAACACGUUCAGAGAAAGAGCGAGUUUUUCCGCGAUCACGGCCGUACAAUUCUGGAAUCUUCUCUGGUGGUCGGCGUCUGAUGGUCUGAGAAGCGGUGACCGGCGGGCAGUUCAUUUUCCGGUGGAACAAAGAGAUGGCAAUAGCUGAGCCGAGAUCGCCUUCCGAUGGGAGGGUAUGGGGACUUUUCAAGCUGCCCUUUCGCCACUCGGGGAGCACCCAAACGUUGUCGUCUUCGUCGUCGCACCACAUUCCUCAUCAGCACAACCAGAGCAAUCAACAGGUACAGGGAUCGACUCCCCACCCUCCCAACUCCUCGGUUUCCUCCGUCGCGAGAUCUUUCUUACCUGCGAAGCGUCGGCUCCGGCUUGAUCCGUCGAACAAGCUCUACUUUCCCUAUGAACCUGGUAAGCAGGUAAAGAGUGCGAUUAGGAUUAAAAAUACAAGCAAGUCCCAUGUAGCUUUCAAGUUUCAAACAACUGCACCAAAAAGCUGUUUCAUGCGUCCUCCUGGAGCGAUCCUUUCUCCUGGGGAAAGUCUCAUAGCAACUGUGUUCAAGUUUGUGGAACAUCCAGAGAACAAUGAAAAACAAAUGGAUCCGAAGAGCAAGCUCAAAUUUAAAAUCAUGACUCUAAAGGUGAAAGGACCGAUGGACUAUGUGCCAGAGCUGUUUGAUGAGCAGAAGGAUCAAGUGACAGUGGAGCAGAUACUGCGGGUUGUUUUUCUGGAUGUGGAGCACCCCAAUCCUAAUUCCCUCAAGGCUCUUGAUAAAUUGAAGCGCCAGUUGGCUGAGGCCGAGGCUGAACUUGAAGCCCGCAAGAAGCCUCUGGAAGAUACUGGUCCGAAGAUUAUCGGUGAAGGCCUUGUCAUAGAUGAAUGGAAAGAGAGAAGGGAAAGGUACCUUGCUCGACAACAGAUUGAAGGAGUAGACUCCUUAUAGAGGGGCGGUUUCUUUGAAAUGCUUUCCAUUUAAUUGAAUGGAAAUGUACCACUUGGGUCAUUUUCUGUGUGUUAUAUUUGGGUGUAAUGAGAAAAGUGUGUUGUAUUAUUAUUAGAAUUGGAUAGGGAACUUCAACAUCUGUUGCUAUUAUAGAAGGAAAAAAACAAUAAAAAAUGGAAGAUGAAUCUUGUGUGCUUCGAAGCCUGCAUACACUUUUAGUGGCCAGUUAUCUGUAGAUAAUGUGGUUUUUCUCAUAAUAAAAAAUUAGCAACGGAGUGUUCUUAAUGA